AUGUCUUCUGCAAAGUCUGGUGUUGCUGUUUAUUGUGGUUCUUCAACCGGUAAAUCUCUUGGUCUUGCUCUAGCGAAGCAUGAUCGUCUCCUGGUGUACGGAGGAGGGUCCAAAGGCAUUAUGGGUGUAGUUUCUGGCGCAGUUUUAGAAGGGGGUGGCAAGGUGCUCGGCGUCAUCCCUCAUGCCAUGGUUGCUGCAGGCGGCGAGGAUGAGAAAGUCCAAAGUACAACUAAAGUCUAUCUUAACGAAGCUGGACGAGAAAAGGUACUUACAGAGGGAUGA